AUGAAGACAUUUUUCACAAUAUACAGUAUAUCAGUUGGUUAUCAAAUUAUUUUUGUUGCUAUAUUAGGUAUUCUAUUUUGUCUUAUUGGUGCAGUUGAUAUAAUUUUAUUCAUAAUUGAGUUAUUUCAUGGUCGAUCAAGUGUUACUCAUUAUGAUGAAAGUCAUAGUGGAUUGAAAGUUGAAAAUUCACUAUGGCCAUCAUCAGAUCACGGUAAAGACGUUUGGGUUGGUCUUAUACUAGUAGCGACAGAACUUGUUGGUAUAUUAGCAUCUCGAGAGUGGACUCCUUCAUCCAUUUUUUGA